UCUCAAACUACCCAAAACAUGAUGUUUCUUCACUUGUUUUUGCUUCUCCCAAUAAUUAUCAUCUUCUACUUCCAAGCACAAAUAUAUAAACAUGCCACCAAACUCCAUCCACCGGGGCCCAGGGGGCUGCCGUUCAUCGGAAUUCUGCACCAGUUCGACGGCCGAUCUCCGCACACAUACCUCCGCUGCCUCUCCAACAAGUACGGCCCCGUCAUGUCCCUCAAGCUCGGACUCCGGCUAGUCGUUGUGAUUUCCUCAGCAGAUGCCGUGAAAGAGAUCAUGAAAUCACACGACGCCGUUUUCUCCAGCCGCCCGCUUCUUGUUUCCCUACAGAGGCUCACGUACAACGGCCUAGACGUCGCGUUUUCGCCCUACAACGAAGUGUGGAGGGAGAUGAGGAAGAUCUCCACCAUCCAUCUCUUUGGCGCGAAGCAAGUUCAAUCAUCUCAGCCUAUUUUCAAAGAUGAAGUGCGGAAGAUGAUGGCGAAGAUUGCUAGAGACGCCUCUUCUUCCACCGUCGUUAACUUGAGCGAGACGAUGAUGUCGCUUUCUAGUAACUCUAUAUGUAGAGUUGCGUUUGGGAAGACUUAUGGAGAUGAAGGAUAUGGAAAGAACCGUUUCUUUGAUCUUCUCCGCGAAACGCAGUCGCUUCUUGGAGGUUUUUUUGUGGAGGAUUACUUGCCUUGGUUUCGAUGGGUUGAUAGAUUGCUUGGUAUGAAUAAAAAGCUUGGCAAGAAUUUUCAUGACAUGGAUUCUUUCUAUGAAGAACUGAUUGAAGAGCAUAUGGAUCCGAAUAGGCCGAAAUCUAUGGAGGGAGAUAUCGUUGAUAUAUUGCUACGGAUGAAAGAAAAUGGAACGACGUCGUUUGAGCUUACACUGGACCACAUCAAAGCACUACUAAUGAAUAUAAUAGCCGGAGGCAGCGACACAGUUUCAGCUGCGUUAGUGUGGGCGAUGGCCUCGUUGGUGAAGAAGCCUUUGUUGAUGAAGAAAUUGCAAGCGGAGAUAAGGCAGUUGGCUGGAGAGAAAAAAUUGAUCGAUGAAAAAGACAUAGAGAAACUUCCGUAUUUAAGGGCAGUUGUGAAGGAGAGUUUGAGGUUGUAUCCACCGGCUCCACUUUUAGUACCACGAGAGACGACUAAGAAAUGUAGUAUAAAUGGUUAUGAAAUCGAAGGUGGAAGUACGGUGUAUGUCAAUGCUUGGGCUAUUGCAAGAGAUCCUGCGAUGUGGGAUAACGAGGAUGAGUUCUUGCCUGAGAGGUUUUUGGAGUCUGACCUUGAUCCGAGGGGCCAGACUCCGGAGUUGAUCCCGUUUGGAUUCGGGCGAAGAAGGUGUCCGGGGAUCGGAAUGGCGAUGGCUGAGAUGGAACUUGCAUUGGCGAAUGUUGUGUGCAAAUUUGAUUGGGAAUUGCCGGUUGGAAUGAAAGAAGAGGAUAUUGAUUUUGAGGUUUUGCCUGGAAUCACAAUGCAUAAGAAGAAUGCUCUUCGCCUUCUUCCCAAGCUCGUGAUUGCAUAGAUCUUUAUAGACUAUCUACUUAUUAUAAAUUAAGCAAUGUUAUAAAUUAGGCUCUUAAAAUGUUCUAAACCCUGUGAAAUAUUUCAGUUAUUAUGCAAAAGUUAUAACUAGCU